GCAGAUUCAGGUUUAGCGACAACAGCAGAGCUCGAAUUGCGCCGUUGAGAUUUUGCGACAACUGAUCGAGCGCGGGUCCACCAUCACCGCCAUUAACGUGGUUUCAGUGUUCUCUUCAGGCAAGUAUGGCCUCGGCGUCUUCCGAAAGCAGCAAGGAAGAUGUGGCGAAGAGUUUUGGCGGCAAUUAUAAGAUGGGGCUGGCUUACGGCCUGAAGAUAGAUUGCAAGGAAGACUACGACGAACUGAAGGCCAUCAAGAAGGCCAUGAAAAAGGGCGACAGACAACGACAGUCUGGAUCUGGAUCUGGGAAAACACGCAAGCACAGCGAGAAGUCAUGAGCGCGGCCGCGUGCGUCCCCGUUCCGCCUCAGCUCGGCAGGCGCAGCUGCUAGCGAUGUGCAGUUCCUGUCGUCGAUGCUCUGCAGUCUUCGAUUGAGGGAGGACGCGAAAUCCCGACAUUCUUCAAACUUGCCCUAGAGGCAUGCUCGAAUGUCGGACGGUUCUACGGAUCCAGAAACUUUCAAUCGAUCAGUGCUCUAAACUAAGUCGAGGCGCAGACCCGAUCUGCGAAUUCCUCAGACACAAUGUAGUCCAGUUCUUGAGUAAAUCUCGGAGGAUUGGAAUUUCCAAACUCUUGCAAUAAACGAUCGAUUUGACCGAU